GCGCGAGGGUGGAGCUGCGUCCAGUGACGUGCACUUGGAAAAGGACACAAACGGUACUGUGCGCUGAGUUGCCCCAGAACUACGCGAAGUGCACGGACCGAUCCGACAAAAGAAGCUGCCAAAAAGUUGUCUCCUUGUGGAUCUAUAUGGUUUUUAAUACUUUCUUCCCCGAAUGAAAUGGUACUCUGUGUCACCAGUGGAAUUCCCUGUCAAUCAUCAUUUUAUGGAGAGGCCGUGUGUGUGUCAGUGAGUGUAGUAGUGUGACCUCAGCCUGCUGCGUGAGUUUGUUGUUGAUGGCCCCGAGAGUGUGCCACCCUCUGAGCCCCAUGCCAUGCCCUCUCAGCUCUUCUGCGGCCGCACGCCAGAGCUGCUGAUAGCCAUGGACGUCCAAGUGCAGCCCAGCCUCCACUGCCGGGUCAACGGGGGUCACGACCCCUCCGUGGGCGCCCGCGCACAGAUCUAUGAUGAUGACGCCCUGAAGCACCUGAGUCUGGAGGAGAAGGAGUGCCUGCUGUUCUUCGAGGAGACCAUCGACUCCCUGGAAGAUGGUUUCCAGGACAACCUGGACCAGGUGGAUGGGGCGGUGUCAUCCUCAGGUAGCAACACACCUGUGGAGGGACUCUCACCUGUGUCCGCCCCACAGAGUCCCAUCCAGGCAUCCACACCUGUCCCUCCGCAUCUGCACAGCCCUCGGGAUAACGACAUCAUCGACCUGGUUCACCCUCCUCCAUCUGACCACAUGGUGUUUCCAGCCACCAUGCCAGAUUUCCAAAGCCUUGCAGUGGCCCCCGAGACUCACUUUGAGAUGAAGGCCAAGCGGGACCACCUGGAGAACUUCCCCUCCGAGUACCAACAUCUCCCCCAAGCCAGCAGCAGCAGCAUGCCCUCCGCCCAGGGGCAAGAUGGGGGCAGCGUUGGUGGAGGUGCUCCUGGUGGUGGAGGAGGCUACCAGCCCCCGCCAGGUUCCGUCCCGACACCGGUGGUAAUCGCCCAGAAACUGGCCGAGAACCAGGGCGAGAACCAGGUCCUGCUGCCCUCCAUGCUGGCGAAACGCCGACGGAGCCUGGAGACAACGACCCGAGUUAUGAGCCCUCCCUCCCCUGUUGCUGAGCAGCCAGGCAAACAAGGGCCACCCACUUCCACCAAGCCCACCAUCAACGUGAACCAUCACAUGGUUGCCGUGGCAGCUGUGAAUGCGGCGCAAGAACGUCGGGCGCAAGCGCUGGCGAAUCUGGGCGCUGGAGCACCACACCCCAUGGAGGGUGGGGAGCCACCCUGCAGGAGGAACCUGCCCACGAGAAGUGUCUCUUUCCGGGACUCGGCUCCUGAGAAGUCCCACAUGGAGGCGUUGUCCAAGCUGGGCCUGGUGAGGACCAGAGCUAAGUCCAUCACCCCCACUGUGGAAGCCACCAAUGAACCUGAUCUACCUUUGGCAAAACCCAAGUCUCCAACUCCAACCCCAAUUGGGACAACAAGCACCUCAUCCUCAUCUUCAUCCUCGUCAUCCUCCUCUCCUAGCCCCACACUCAAGGCUGAAAUCCACACCGACUUUAACCGGUUUGGUGGGAAGUCAACAGUGGUCACGCCAUCACCGAUGACUUCGACAACUCCUGAUGUCCCCGCAUCCUUCAUCGUUCCACCGAGUGCGGAUGUGGUCUCCAGGGACUUCAACAGCUUUGGUGGGAAGACCAUCACAGUGAUCCCAGCAGCCUCCAACUCCCCUCCUCCUUCAGCUAGAACAACACCUCCACCACCCAAGGCCGACGCUCCAGCCUUCGAAACCAACAGCACCUACUACGGCGGUAGGACCAAGACCAUCAUCCCAGCCUCUGCCCUGGCUCGAGCAGAUGUUCCUGAUGGUUCAGUGCACACACCCCGCACACACACCCCAUCUCCACCAUCUACGAUCAGGGGAGAGAUCCCGAAUGCCCCUACUCCAACCCCUACUGUGCCAACCGCCACAUCCAACAGCAUCGGCCAUUAUGGCUGCAAGAGCAAAGUGAUCACACCCACCCUACCAGCAACAGCACUUCCCAAGGUGGUGGACCCACCGGCUCAGCUUGAAGCACCAGCGCCCAGGCCUGAUGUCCAGGUGACCCGGGGCAACAGCUUUGGCAGUCGGACACCGGUGGUGGUACCAAUGCCAGGUAUGAUAGCAGGAGGUACACGAGGCACAAAGUCGGCGACUCUUCCACCGACUGCUCCCAAGCCGGCGAAUCCCCACCGCACCACUAGGCUGCCAUCGUCACCACCACCAGAACCUGAGCCACGCCGCAGCAGCAUCAGUAGCAAACCGGGCAAGCCCUCGUUCCGAUCGCAAGGCAUCACUGUGCAGUUUUCGGGCCGCGGUGCCACAGACGAGUCCAGGCGGGAAGCGCUCCGUAAGCUGGGUCUGCUGAAGGACACCAAGGACAUGUCUUUGCUGUGACACACUCAGAGAUGCACAAACACACACACACCUUAUUAAGCUGUGUGUUGGAAAUUUAGUAUGGGAAUCAGAGCAACAAAUUGGCCUGUUCAAUGACAACGUGGACAUGUCAUUGCUGUGAUGCACACACACGCACGCACACGCAUAUGUCUGUCUGAACACAGCGUGGGAUUGACAGCAAUCGGAAGAGAUGAAUGCAGUGUUCAGGAAAUGUCUAAGAAAAAAUCAGAAGGUCUCACUCCUUUGAUGUUUGGUGUUUGAUAGUAAUUUAACUUUGAAUGGUGAAGAAGGAGAAUAUUCAAAAAUAAAGGAGUAUAACCGGUUUUAAGUCACUUUGAGGCGAAUGCAACAGAACAAACAACAGACAGCAAUCUGGAUAGAGAGGGGCCUUUAAGACUCUUGAGAGCAGUAAGUGCCUUUCGGACGUUAGGAUGACAAUCAGUGUGCAGUCAUUGGGGAAGAUGUGAUUGUUUUUUGACACCACCACUGGAGAGAGAGAGACGCCAGGUGCCCUCUCAUUGUGAACUCUUGAGAACCGCUGAGUAGAUAUUUUUCAUGCUUUAUUAGAUGGCACUACUUGACCCUACUGUUUUUUUUACACAGUUAACAUUUUAUCCAGAGUGCCUUACUUGUGUUGAACUGGAUACAGGGAUAGUCACUGGAACAACUUGAGGUUAGAUAAUGUCUGUGUUAAAGCUCAAGGUUGAGGGAGCCGAGAGACAACCAACAACCAAAAGAAGACAGCCAUUCUUUGAGAUACCUACCACCUAGGCUACAUUUUUUCCACUCUGGUACAUGACAUUGAACCUGUGUCCUUAUGAUUCCAAUGACCAAGCGGUUACGCAGCGCUAUUCAGACAUGCCGCUAUUCAGACAUUGAUGUAUAUUGUCUGAAUACCGGUGUGCGAGAUCAACGUGGGAGUUCGAUUAACUGGGGAUGAUAUCCAGCGCAACUACAUUUACCUUACGCAGUUGUGGUCCGAUUCGAGCCUAAUGUUGUUUCAUGUUAGGGGUGACAUGCACCGUGAGGCUCGAAUGGGUAAAUGUAGUUGUGCUGGUUUUAAACAGGUGUUGGUCACGUCAUCCCCAGUUAAUCGAGCCCCAUGCUGAUCCCGCACACCGGCACCAAAAUCUGCCAAAUCUGUGGCUUGUGCUACGUUGCUCAGGUCUUAUCAGUUUAGGGAGAGUGCAAACAGUUACCCUAACCCUAACCCUGGACCUGACCCUAACCCUACGAUAUGUUUGAUGUCUGAAUAGCGGUAUGUCUGAAUAGCCCUUGCCCCCCUGACCAAGCCCCUAACAAAAAGGCCACAGCUGUUCCUGCACCUCUAUCGCACAGGAUCUGCUCUUCCUCUUCUCCCCAUUGGAUAUUUAUAAUCUUUAUGUGUCUUCUUGGCGCUUUGAACAUCUGGGCCUGAAUUACGCCUAUUAUUUUUUGGAAACUCAUCUGCCUGGAGCCAAGAUGUCUGGCACUCUUUGGAUCCAAAAUGGCACCAAGAUCUCAUGAGCACCAACUUUAAAAUUACAAUCCUUUGUGUAAACUUUUUUUCUGUUUCCUUCCUCGCGACUGUGAACAGCGCUGGGUGGUGACACGCUAUUGCUAUCCCAAACCUUAGCUAGCCUAGCAUUGAUCCAGCACAUGUCUUUGGGAGUCUUGGGGUUUUUUUGACAGAGAAGGACAUUUUCAAUGGGCAUUACACCACCAUAUGUGAGUCUUCAGUGUGAUUUGGGAUUAUGUAUUUAAUUGAUGUUAUGGAUAGCCAGCCUUGAUUUUGAUUUUCAUUUGAUUUUUUGUUUGAUCGGCCAGUCGAGUAAGAGAGCAAUGUUAUGUAAUGUUGUACAGUACACAUGUUAUAAGUUUUGGCUAGCACUACAAACAAAUACUGAAACACUACCAGUCAUCUAUGCUACCUGGGACACUUUGAGAGGGAAGAUACAAAACGUGAAAACUGAUUACUUAAGAGAUAUUUUAACCCCUUAAGACAGCAUUAUGAAUUAGCUGUUACCAUUAUGGCAAUGACCAAGUCGUAAUGUAUUACUAAAGGCCCCGUGCACGGUCAUAGUAGUGUAGUACCAUAGUAGUCAACUUUCAAUGUCUAUUACGGCGUGCCACAGGAGGUACGACAUGCAUUAAGGGGAUAAGGUCAGGCCUUGUACUCAUAACAGCUAGCAAAAGCCACUGCUUACUUGGGGAGCGUACCUAUGUUCCCUGGGUUCUAUGUUCCCCGGUCUUUGUAUGGGACAGGGGAGCUUAGGACUCUUUUUUCCAAAAAAAGGGUUCCAUGUUCCCUGCAUUUUAUCUAACCGAGUUUUCAAAUUGUGCCCUUCCCAAAACCAUUCCUAAACCUCACCUGUCAGUAAUGCAGUGUUUCUGAGUUGUACAUUUUGAAAAAGGGGUCCUAAGUUCCCCGCAUUGUAUUUAACCCUUCCC